GCAUCCACUAGUGUCCCCAUUAUUUACACCACAUUUGCAUCUUUAACUCCUCAAUUUGAAACCAACAAGGAGCUUGAUUCACUCCACAUUUCCCAUUAAAACCCAAUACCAUAAAUAAGCCACUCUCCAAACAACACACAUCAAUCUAAGCCCCAUGCAAAUACAACCAUCACCACCCUCCCAAUCAGCCUCCAUGGAAAACCGCCGGAAAAAUAGCAGCUCCGGCGACUCAUUCUCGUUCCCAAGCACCCCAAACCAAGAAGACUCCGACUUCGAAUUCGGGUCCCUAACACCUGACUCACCCUCCUGCACAACCUCACCAGCUGAUCACCUCUUCUUCAAUGGCCGCCUCCAACCUCACUCAUUCCCUCUCUCCGGCCACUCUUCUUCCCACCACCACCUCCACCCUCCUCUCGCCGCCACAAGCCGAACGAGUAGCAUCAGCAGUAAGGACUCGUUUCUCUCAUCAAGAAGCAACAGCACCAGCAGCAGCUGCAGCAGUGCCAGGACAAGCUCCAGUGACAGCAGCGAGAGAAGGUUGUUCCACAACAAAGUCCUCAACAACAGAUCAACGGUUUCGGGUCAUCACUUUCAUCAGCCAUAUGGGUGCUCCCGGCGGUGGCAGUAUAUAACGCCGGUGCCGGCGUUGAACCGUGACGCCUCCAAGAGAAAAACAAUGGACAUGCCGCGAGGGAUGAGAAGGAAGAACAAGACAAAGAAGCUGAAGAAGAAGAAGGACAUGGUGAAGAGGGUGUCGGCGUUCCGGUUUGGCCGGAGAAUUUUCCGGUGGCUUUUCACGGCUUGCAGAAAAUGUCAUGCCAUGGAGCCAUCAAAGACGAAGGCACACAACAAAGAGAAAAUGUUGCAAGAGGGUAAUUCUAAUUCCGGCAAGAAAAAUCAAGUAAAAACUCAAAAUAUCUCAAUACAACAAUAAAUAUUAACAAGAAUAAGUUAUUUUCAGUUUUUUUUUCAUAAAUUGAUUAAUGGCUGUGUAUUCACACAAAAAUUGUUUGUUGCAAAGGUAAAAAAAAAUGUGAAUAGGUAUUUUCUGCAACGUUUGUGGGAAGGUAUAUGGGAUUUUGGGCACUUUAUGAUGUAUUUGUGUAUUUAGUAGCCACAUCGAAUGGUUUGUUUAUUUUUGCUUGAGGAUGCAAAUUAAAAUGAAUAAAAGGUGGACUUGGUUUUGGAUCUCCAA